GCGUUCGCGCUGCUCCAUGACGCCGAGCUGCCGGCCCUCGGGCUGUUUGCGUGCUGGUCCAUCAUCUCGACGGCUCGUCGCCGCUGAUGCCUCUGAAUGCUGAGCACUGAAAGAGCUCUCCGGACGCCUCCGAGCGAGCCCUGGGCCCUUGGACGCUGGACGCGGCCGGAACGAGCGAAUCAGCCGCAACAGCAGCUUCGGGCCCGCAGCGUGCGGCGUGCAUCCGCUCAGCGGCUCCUCGCUGGUGCAGCUGCGUCGGAGGCUAGUCGUGGGAACGCACGGCCGAGGCCCUUCUCGCGGUGCGGCUCGCGCAGCGGCACGCCUCGCUCCAUCGCUUGCACGCGCGAAGCGAGAGAGCAUCACGCAUCAUGCAUCGCUCAUGCCGCGACCGCUCAGAGGCCAGGCGCAGACGGAGAGAUCAGCUGGGCUGCAUGUCCAUGUGCAGAUCUGUUGACGGCGCACGCCACGCUGCAUGGCGCUGCCGCGAGCCGUUGGCAUGUGCGUACGCGCGCCAUGCACGCUGCUGUCAAGGUGCAGCGACACGCGCGAGCCAGGAACGGCAAGAGAUGAGAGAAGAGACGAGCGACGGCUUGCAGCAUCCAUCUCGGACAAGGCCUCGGCGCCCUCCGGACCGGCGUCGCAGGCCGGCCGGAGCGUCGGCGCCAUCUCCGUCUGCGCCGCAGGCUUCCAGGCUCGAGGCAUGACUCAGGUCAGAGCAGAGACCUGAGACUGCGCCACGCCAGCCAUCGAUUAUCUCAUCGGGUGCUUGCUUGCACGCGCAUUCCUCAUGCGCGGAUCGGGCAGCCGCUGUACCGCUGAGUGCCGUCGGC